AAGAUAAAAAAGCAAAGCAUGUUAAAAAAGAGAUCAGUGUGAGCGUCUUGUUUGUAGCUGAUAUCGUGAUAACAGUGGUCGUUGUCAUUGGUGUCAUUCUCGGUAUAGUCGGUUUUAUCGUCUGUAAAGGCUGUAACUCGACCAAUGACAAAGAACAUACUGGCCUGAUCCUAGCUAUCAUUGGUUUCAUUGUGGUUGUCAUUAUUGCACUGUUGGCAGUGAUUGUCCUGACAAUCCUGAUUGUUUGUGGAAUAAUCAGGAUAAAGAAGAGUG